UGUCCGAACCUCGAAUUCGAUCUCUCAUCUACCACGUUCCCCUUAGCUUUCUUACUGAAUAUUUUUUUUUUUUUUUGACAGAAUUCACUGCAUUAAAGAGUCUAAUUGGUUCGAAAAUUAUGCUCCCGUGAAACGCCUAUGCUGGUUUAAAGGCACUUUGUCUUUUACAGCACGCAUACCACUUGUCCUGGAGUAGUCAAUCGGCCAAUUUGCUCGGCACCUUUAGCGAAAAAAAAAAAAAAAAAACUACAGGCCAACGCCGUGACAAGGCCACGCAUGGUCAUGCCCCAUGCUCGAUUGAUGCGUUAUAGAACAAACUUAUCUGGAAACCAGCACCUACAGCUAUAGCAGCUGCUAACGCUCGCGUAGUUCGCAGCUGACCACUCGAUCAUUCAAGCGUUAUUCAAUACACUGUAGUGAAUUGCAAAUAUUUAUUUACUUUUUUUUUUACCUCGAAAUAUUGCCUUCCUUCAUCCCCAGCCAUUUUUUUUUUUUGCACGUCAGCUUUGAUGGCGGGAGUACGAAGAUGAUGAAGAGGAGGAAGAAGGCGCCGCUGGCCGAAGCGCCCGGUCCACAUCCGACCCGUCGCCAACAAAGGCAGGCAAGCACACCGCGAAGUCGACUGCGUGCGCCCUUGCUCUGCGGCAGCAAUGGACGACAGCGCGAGGCGACAAGAACGCGCGUGAGAUGUCGUCCAGCCGGGCCGGCGGGGGCGACGACGAAGUCGACGGGGCGGACGCCAGCGGCGGCAGGGAGCGAGCCAGGCGGAGCGCGCUCGACGCCCGUAACGUAGUGGUCAACCUGCGGGCGCUCGCAAUCACCAGCGUGGCAGUGGACACUUGCAAGCUGGCGCUGGCCACCGUGACCACGGUGCGCCGACAGCCCAACCGCGGCUUCGUGUUCCUCGCCUCCAUCGCCGUGUGGUCGCUGUCGGCCAAGCUGGCCGUCAUUGUCGCCAGUCUAGCCGCGUACGGGCUCGUCUUCUGGGCGGCGUCGCGCGAGGCCCGCCGGCCCAUGCUGGCCGCCGCCGCGGUGUUCGCGGUCGCCAUCGUGAUGCGCUUCCUCUUCAUGAUCGAGGGCGCCGUGGUCGUGCUCCAGGAGAGCGCCACGCAUGCGCACGCCAACGACAGUUCCGCGCUGGAUGCGCCGCACCUACAUGCGUCGGCCGACCACGGGGUGCUCACCAAGUCAGAGCUUCACGGACCGAUGGUACACCUGAAGCAUGACAUCUUGGACGCUCACAGUACCAACACAGGUGUGGCAACAGCACCACCUGCUCCAAGCAUUGUGGAUGUUGUGCUGAAGAUAUUGCAAGUGAACAUCAUCCACACGUGCUCUGUGGCGGUGCACGUUGUUUUUCUUCUGGUCCUUCGAAAGUACAUGCGAUGCACAAAGGUCAAGCAGCGUCUUGAAGACAUGCCAGCCGAAGCACGGACGUGAAAUUCAAGAGUGCAGGAGGAUCAUCAUGACAGUGCAACUGUGCGUGUACAGUGAAUGGUACAAGGAAAUGCAGCAUGUAUAACCAAGCCAUCUGCACGUAAUUGUGUUCUGGUGUCAAAUGCUUGUAAAUAUGCCAUGCAAUGUGAUGUAAGGUCUGUCAGAAAAUGCCAAGACAAAAACAUGUAAAGACAGUUUUGAUAAUGCGCAUAACGCUUGCUGUGAUAUAUGGACGUCAUGAAUGUAUAUGACGAAAACACAUGCACACAUUUAUUGCCAUCACUGUAAGUCUCUUGCAAAAACCUCAUGCCCUUCCUGGUUGCAUUAAACAUGAAAACCCAGGGCAAUUAAAAGUCUUGCACUACCAAUCAUUCUUUAUAGACGUCAGAAGUGCAGUCGUUAUGCUUUAUGCACCAAUUUGCAGCUUGCAUGAGUCUAAUGAAUAAUAUCGCGGAAGCGCUUCUUCGGUUCAGAUUUGAAAUCUGGCUCAAGGCGCGUAGAUUGCCAGCUCGUCUGCGAAAAUCACUACACGGGGCGCGCUCUGGUGACAAUCCGAACAAGUUUUCGCCCUCCUGGUAUAAAUAAAGCGGCGUUCGCAUUUAGCAUCAGCGACCACAUUAGACAGCAGCUGAGAGUGUGCGACUAAUUCAUCUUAUUUGAAAAUAACGCCCGCCAUCCGAAAUCAAAAGAUCACCUAGCGCAGGUUACCCUAGCGCUCUACGCACAUCGGCGCAAAUCAAUGCACCGCAAAAGCCAACGCGCUUUCCAGCCGUGACGCCGGCUCGUGAGUCACAGUGGGCGUGAUCAGCGAAGAUGUUAUUCAAACCUGCUCGUUAACGCACGGCAUCCAGGGAGAAAUAAUCGGAAGUAAGGACACUGAGCAGUACAGGCGCCGUCGUGGAAGUAAUAAAGGCACACAACACACCACCCUACUUUUCCUGUCGCCACGGCA